AUGAAUGAAAAAGAUUCAGUACAGUCAAAUUCAACACACGAUGAUACACAUAAUGAGGACUCUGCUGAGCAAGCUGAGGGGCCUCCAGAGUUAAAUAACAACACAGAAAAUGUCAAAGUCCUCCUAAGUGAUAAUGAAAAAAAUAAUCACGAGAGGGACGAGUCAAUACCGAGAGAACUGUUGCGCCUCUGUAUCGAUAUGGACUGGUGGAAGGAAAAAGGACCAGGUAGCGAUAGGUCGAACGGAUUGGAAGUGAACCACAAAAAAGGAACAGACUACUAUCAACAAAAAGAUAAGCAGAAAAAAAGUGAAAGUAACCAAGGACCUACAGAGUCGCAAUCACCGGAUUCUAACAAACUGAAAACUAAGGAAAAACAUAUGCUUAAGAAAAAACUUGAGAAAAAGGUGUUGAAUAAGCAUAAGAGCAAAGAGAUAAAAGAAUAUAAGGAAAAAUAUAAGAAGAAAAAGUAUAGUAAGAAGUUAAAAGAAGAAGAUGAAGAUGAUGAGGAGUUAACGAAGGAAGAUAAGGAGGAUGAUGAGGAAGAUAAGGAGAGUAGUAAAGAAAGUAACGGAAAAGGUAGAGAGGAGUCCUGUGAAGAAGAUAAAGACGAUGAGGAUAUAUCAAGGAAGAAGUUGAAAGUGAAGAAGCAUAAGAGGAAGGAGAUGAAGGGACUUACAGGAAUAAAUAAGCACAGGCUCCUGCUUAGUCUCCUGGAAAAAGAUAAGACGUCGUCGAAGGAACUGGAAAUAAACCUGGAAGAAGCAGAGUUGUGGGAAAGAAGAAGGGUUUUAAUGAAAGCAUCGAAAAGAGGAACGUCGAAAGGAGGAUUUCAAAUAGAUUUAGCAGCAACGAAAGAGUUGAAAAAUUACCCGUUUGACCCAGAGGGAACACUGAAGCCGAAAAGAACAAUAUCCUUCUACAAGAUAGAGUCGGAAGAUAACCUGUCGCUGACAGACCUGGCGUAUAACAGAAAGAAGCUGGAAAGAUGCAAAAUGGAGCUGUACAAAGGAAUAUUCAUGGUCAACAACGUGACGGACUACGGGUCAGUGUCAAUAGUGCCAGUGAAUGAGUCGAACAAGUACACAGUCUCGAAGCACAUCAUGACGGAUAAGCAGCAGUCGCCAAGAACGGAAGCGAAGGAAAGUAAGCAGACCUGGAACACAGAUGACCUGAAGAACGCGUCGUGCUUCAUGUACGAGGACCUGGGACUGUACAUACUGGAGAAGGAAGUGCACCUGUGCCUGAUCAUCAAGAACCUGGGAGACAACACGUACCUGUUCGAGUCGAAGAGAAACAGGACUCAGCAGCCUACGAGAAUAGAAGGAAAGCUGGUAAGAAGGAUCUCGUGCAACGCACAGGCAGUGGAGAAGAGAAGCAACGGAGAGGGGAAGCAGGAAGGUCAGCAGGAGAAGAAGAAGCCGCUUAAAAACUACCUGUGCCUGCUCUUCUACACGAAGGAAGGAGUGGUGAAGCCGCUGAUCAGAGCAGUGACGGAGGAAGAGAACGUGAAGGUGUACGACGAAGGAGCGCUGGGAGAAAGCAGUGAGCUGCGAGCACUGAAGCAAAUAGUGGCGUGCAACCUGAACUUGCAGGGAAGCAAGGAACAGCAGAGGGACAGAGAGACAGUGAUGGAGCUCCUGUACCAGUUCUGCCACAACAGCAAGGACGGAGGACUCUCGUUCGAAGACUGCAGCUGCCUCACGUGCCAGCUCUCAAUACAGUUCCUGACUGCAAACUCGCAGUACUACCUGUCGCAGCCGAUUGUCACGCCGAAGGUGAAGCACAACAGCAAGUACCUGACCUUCAGAGUAGUGAACGCGCUGGUGCAGUCGCCAUGGUCGAAGGAAAGGCCGAAGCUGAAGCUGGAGGAAAGGACGACGCCAGUGGCGCUGAAGAGCAGCCAAGAGUCGAUUACGGAGGAGUUGGCACUGCAGACGCUGCAAGAGAGCGGGUUCCUGGAGGACCUGACGCUGGACGCAGUGCACAGGAUCACGAGAAGAAUGAACAAGGAGUUGCACUCAGUGGAGUCGACGCCAGAGUCGAAGGAAAUGAAUACCACGAAGAAAACGAAGAAGGAGGACCUUAAGAGAGACAUAUCGAAGAUAACAGCAGCACUGAGAGACCUGGAGAAGGAGGCUGAGAGACAGAAGGAUGAGGAAAACAAGAAUAUUGCAUCACCAAAGCAUCAGAAGGAAUCAACGAUUCAGAAGCCCCAAGCACAAAAGUCUCAGGACACUCCAGUAAAGCAGCAGAAAGAAGUAACGACGCAGAAACAGCAGAAAGAAGUAACGACGCAGAAACAGCAGAAAGAAGUAACGACGCUAACAAAACAGCAAAAGGAAACGACGCAAACAAAACAGCAAAAGGAAACGCAGUCGAAGAAGCAACCACAUAAAGCAGCAUUGCAAAAGCAGCAGUCAACGAGUAAAAAUGAAUCUUUAUCUCAAAAAACCCAGACCAAGGAAGGAAAACAUCAGAAAAAUCAGCAAGCACAGCAGCAGAAACAACCAAGUAAGCAGACGCAGAAGACCCAGGAGGCGGAAGGGACACAGAAGAAGACAAAGCCGAAGGAAAUUCCACAGCCAAAGCGUUUUUCAGAAAGACACCAGAAGAUGGAGGAGCAGAAGAAAAAGCUGGCAGAGGAGCUGAAGAGGCAGGAGUCGCAGCCGAUGACAGAAUACAUGCAGUCAAGGCCGAGGAGACACUCGCAUCAGCACGACGACGGGGCGUACGAGCGCCCGCAGUCGGAGUACGCGCAAUUGAGGCUCAGACGUCACACUGCCCCAGAGAAGGAGAGUGAGAUGAGUGUCGAGUCUUUGGAACCCCGCAAGGAAGAGGAGGAGGAGCAGGAGGAGUCAUUGGAGCCAAAGGAGGCCAAAGAUCCAAAGGCUUUUAAGGACCAUAAGGAUCGCACUGACCCUAAGGUGCACAAGGAUCACACGGAUCCUAAGGUGCACAAAGAGCACAAAGAGCAUAAGGAGCAAAAAGAACACACGGAACCCAAGGAACAGAGGGAAGUGGCGCAAGUGCAGGCUCAACCAGCAAUCAAGGUGGAUAAAUUCUACUUCCCGCAGCCAAAGCAAAUACAGCUGAUAGACACGAAUCACGGCUUUCAGUUCGUCGGAUACCUGGUGAAGUACGCGCCGGCGGACAGAGACGCGAUUAACAAGAAAAACAGAGAGUGGAGUUACGGGAUAAUCAAGUACUGGGACCCGAAGUACAAGUCGUUCUUUAUCCACGGAAUACUCGAAGAAGAGAUACACGGACUCUCGGACCAGCAGCUGUACAAGAAGAUUAAGAAGGACGAAGCGGUGCAGUUCGGAACUAAGGUGCUCUGGGUGGCAACGCAGACGUAUUUCCUGCUCCCGCUGGGAGAGGAGCCGGUGUACGACAGGCUGAAGCAGGGGAGCACAGUAAGGUCGGCAGUCGAUAGCGCGACGAGAGACCACGGGCAGCCGCCGCACUGUAAAAUAUGCAGAAAGAAGAUACUGUACACGAGGAAGGACUUCACGCAGCUGCCGAAAACGUGUGACCUGAGAGAGUGCGACGAGGAACUGCGAAUGGCAGAGUUCAUCAGCGAAGCAAUGGCUACCUACGACUACCCGAACCACCUAUUCAGAAACCCAGUACACUCAACAGUGCUCUCGCUGAGGGAGCUUGAACAGAUAGGGCUCCCGAGAAUAGUUAACCUGCUGGAAAGUAACCUGGACAUAACGAAGAUGUUCUUCAAGGACUAUAACAGAAGCUCAGUUAACCUGUACAACAAAAGCACACUGUACUUCUGCGUUAAGCUUAUCAACUGGCUGAGGAGGCACUGCGGAGUGACAGGGGAGCUCGACGAGAGCACGCGAGUGAACCUGGUGUACUGGGGCUUCAAGUGCACACACUGCGGAGACCACUACCACGCGAAGUGUCUGCAGUACCAGCACCUGAGGAAGCCGGCGCCGGUGAUGGACAAGCAGAGGAUCAACGCGCGGCUCUCGGAGCACAAGACGAUGUGCAAAAACUUCAGAAUCGUCACGAACGUGCGAGCCUCGUACUACUCGAACGAAAACCUGUACAGAACAACGGACUUUAAGCUGGACCUGGGCUCGGAAGAUGAGUUUGACUCGUUUCUAUCGGAUCAAUCGGAUGAAAACAGACACAAGAGAUAUAAAUCGUAUAGGUUUAGAAAAAGAAGAUUUAGGAAAAGAUACGUAAUCACAGUGUCGAGCAGCGAAGAUGAAAAUGAAAAGGGGGAAGAGCCGGAAGUGGUGGAAGAACUGACCAUCAACGAUGAAUACGAGUCGGAAGAAGCAGGUGACGGAGUCAGCAGCGACAAAGAAUAUGAAGAGAAUGCAGUAAGUGAUGAAAGCGAACCUGUGGAAUCUGAGUCCGGAAGAGAGUCUUAUGAGGCUGAGUGUUCAGAGGAUGCAUAUGCAAACGAGGACGACAAUGACAGUGGAACGAACGAAGUAUCAGAAGAGGAAGUUCAGGUGGAAAAUGAAGAUGGUGAUUCUGCGGAAAACUACGAAAACGGAGACCAAGAAGAAAACUACGAAAACGGAGACCAAGAAGAAAACGACGAUGCUGAUGAGAUGAACGUAGAUAAACCUGAUGUGGUUGGUGAGAUGAACGUAGAUAAACCUGAUGUGGUUGGUGAGAUGAACGUAGAUAAACCUGAUGUGGUUGGUGCGAUUGCCGCUUACGAUGUGAACAAUGCUGAUAUCGCAGAUGGAGUGGAUGAGGUUAAAGCCCAUGAGGUUGACGCUGAAGUUAAGGGAGUAGUUUCUGAAAGAGGUGAUGCCAAUUCUGACGAGGUUGGUAAGGCUGGUGUUGGCACCGGUGCUGGAAUGGACGGAGCUGACCAGUCUGAAGAAGUUGCAGUUGAAGAAUCUGGCACGGAAGAAGUGGGAUUAAAAUCGGACCCGGAACCUGAAGCACGAGAGGACUCAGACGGUGAAUACAAUCGAACAGAAGGCGAAUCAGAUUCGGAAGAAUCGGACCAAAAGCAUGAACGUGAAGAAGUAGAUAUGGUCGAGAGAAAUGAAGAGGAGGACAGUUCUGUACAUCGCAAAGUGAAAAGGAGGAAAAAAAAGAGUAUAAUGAAAAAUGGAGAAGAUAGAAGGAUUAAGAAUUUGAGAACCGUUAAGAAGAUGGAGCAGAGGAAGAAGAGGAACGAUGAGCAGAACUACGUGUUCUACCCAAUGCUGGACUUCAGCACAGAGUCGAACGAGUGGACGUGCCCAGAGUGUAGAAAGUGCAUAUACUGCUGCAUGCCGAUAACGGAAAGAGCGUACAUAAGCAGGUUCAACUACGGAAGAGGAAGCAACGAGACUUCGAUGAAGGCAUAUAAGCAGUUCCCGCCGUGCUUCGAGGAAAAGGUGGACCACCUGCAAAGAAACUGCCUGCAGACGGACAAGGUGAGAGACGUGGUGUGCGUGUCCUGCAACGUGGCGGCGCACAGAGGAUGCUGUAACCCAGUGGUGCCGAACCUGCUCUUCAUAGAGUCGUGGAAGUGCGACUCGUGCACGCAGUGCAUCUCCUGCGGAUACAGAGACACGACGUGCAUAGAGUACCUGAACUGGGGACUCUUCUUCUUCUUCUGCCUCAAGUGCUGGGAACUCCUGGAAAGGUCAAACUACUGCGGAGUGUGCUACAAGGUCUGGACGAACUUUGACUCGAACACGCAAAAGUGGGUGCAGUGCGAAGGCUGCAAGCUGUGGAUACACGUGGAGUGCGACGACCUGGCGAGAAUAAUAACGGACUGCCCCUCCUCGAAGAGCCAGAACUACAGGUGCUGCGUGUGCAGGUCCUCCAACAAAAUGACGCGCUGCAUGAAGGUCCUGGAGCAGAUAUUCAUAGUCGACAGGCUUAACCAGUUUAGGUACCCAGUGUCGCCGACGUUCGUGACAUACUGGAGGCUUGUGACGAGGCCGAUGAACCUGGUUACGCUGUUCACGAAGCUGGAAGGAUGCAAGUACGCGACGAUAUCGGAGUUCAUAUUCGACAUAUUCCUUAUCCCCUACAACGCGAAGAUGGUGAACAUGCCGAACACGAAGAUAUACAAGUUCGCGACUUUGUUCGAGAAGAAGUGUAAGCAGAUAGUGUCCUCAAUCAUGCAGCUGACGAACUCGGAAAUAGAAGCAAUCGUGGAUAGCGGCCUCAACGGAGGAGACAUCGUGAGAAAGACAAAAAUGCUCUCGGACGCAGAAGAAGAGGAAUUUAAAAUGACAGAUGAGCAGAAAGGAGAGGAGGUAGAAGGAGCGGCCGUUGAUUCAGGAGCGAGUCAAGCGGAGUUUGGAAGGCUUAAGAGGUACAGUAAAAUGGAGGCGACGAAGUCGCUGAAAACGUCGACACAGCUGGUUAAUAUAAAGAAGAAGCUGAAGACGUUUAACAUGACCUUCGAGUUCAUGCUGGGAAAAAUAUUUAACCUGCACGAGGACAUGUGCAAGGACCUGGUUAACUCGUGCCUCAAAGAGAAUAACGGAGAAGGAGAAAGUAAGGGAGAGGACGCGUUGAAAAAGCUGACUGAGGGGGAGACGCUGGAAAGGUUCAAGACCAUGUGCACGUUCUACGAGUCGUACGUGCCCUGCGGAUUAAAGUACGUGGUGGCCUCAGUGGUGUCAGUAGUAGGGCCGAAGUUCAUAUUCCCGCCGAUGUUUGACAAAAGUGAGGACUUCAGAGAGCUGGUGAAGUCGAAGAACCUGAUUCUGCUCAACAAAAACAGAAUUAAGAACGAGUACCUGGAGCAGCUGAGGGACCCGGAAAACGUGACACAAAAGUGGAACUGGUACGAGUUCUACAUAGAUAACAGCAACCAGCUGAACAGUAUGGCAAAAAUGCUCUUCACACAGGGAUUCGUGCAGUUCAGAGACUUCUGCGUAGUCUGCGGCUCAAACGCUUUCCAAAGUUACAUGAUACACUGCGAGGAGUGCGCAGAGCCGAUGCAUUACUACUGCGCAGGAUUCACGCUACCGCCAACCGUGAUGGACUACGGAGCCUUCAAAUGCGCAGGCUGCACGCACUGCGAAAGGUGCGAGGCAGCGAUACCUGCGAAUCACCCCUACGAGCUGUCGAACAUAAACAACUUCCACUUCGGAGACGCACUGGGAUUCAUACCUGCACUAAUCACGAACAUAGUGCUCUUCUCGUCACAAGUGAUAGUGGACAUGGCGCAGAACGAGUCGAGGAGUAGAACUGAGGGGAGUCACGGGGAACACGAAAAGGAAAGAGAAAGGCCGGAAGGACAGAACGUAAAGUACGCGACCUUCCUGGACGGAAGGUUCAAGGUGGACCAGAACAGGCUUAUCACGAACACAGCAGAGAACACGGAGGUGGAGCAUCUGAGCAAGUUCCCAGUGACCUCAGUGAAGUGCAUAGCCUGCGGAAACGCAGCACACCUGAGUUGCAUAAAGCUGCUUAAGCCGUCAACUAACCCGUACAGCGAGUACGCGAAGUUCGUUAACCAGAACAGUGAGUACCAGACACAGGACCAGUACAGAACGAGUGAGUCGACGCCGACGGAGGCGAGCGCACAGUCAACCUUGACGCUGAACCCGUUUGAAAACGCAUUCAUGAGGUUCGCAGGAGAAAUGGGUCCGAUAAAGGAGCACCAGCAGGUCCCUGUGAACUCCGGCGAGAAAGUUAACGGGAGCUCUCACGAAUUCAGGCACGUUCUCGAGAUGAGUAAGAAGCUGUCAGUGUGCGACGACCUGAUAAGCAUAAUACAGAGCCACAUUAACUCGGGAGUGGUGAACAGGACGAACGGAUACAACUACCCGACGACGACGUACAAGCUGCUCUUCAAGAGUCACACGUACAACGGAGAUGACGCGGAGCAGUUGUCGAACGGGUCAGAGGUAAGCACGUACUCGAACGAGGAGGCCUGGGGAGAAGAGGAGAACAGCUACAGAGUGAACGCAGAUUACAGAAAGAGGCGCCCGAAGAGAUGCGAAGAGUACGAGGCUGCGGAAGAGGAGGAAGCGGAGUUAAAAAACAUGAAUCUGGACAACGAAGUGGAGGAGCUGGAAAGCAGCAGGCACGACGAGUACUCGGACUACCAGCUAGAUGAUAUGACGGACACGCCGAGAAGAGAUAAGCUGACGACGUUCUUCGACCUCAACUCGAUAUUCGAGAAUCUGAACACGGCGGAAGAAGAGGACCCGGAGCAGCAGGAGAAGAGCGGAAGCAGCAGCAGCAACAACAACAAGGAGCCGAACUACACGUACGACUUCACCCCGUACCUGGACUGGGAGUUCGACGGCUCAGGAAUAUUCACGUGCAGCAGCGAGUGCCAGCAAAGGUACAACGCGCUGAGGAUGCGGAGCUUCCCGCACGACCAGAUGUACAAGGACGGCCUGAAAAGGCAGUUUGAAGUGCUCGAGGACACGUAUAACCUGGCGAAGCUGGAAGAGGACAUCACGAUGGAGGCAGGAGAGACAGGCUCAGAAGUGGAGGCGGCCACUGGACAGGGUAAGAACGAGACUGAGAAGUGCCGAGAGGACGCGGAAACGAUGUCGACCGUAAGCCUGUCCUCGAGCUGCAUGAUAUGCAGCAAGGAGAUGAAGCAGACGCUGGAACUGCACCCGAGCUACGUCGCGGAGUACCUGCGGGACGGAGAGAAGGCGGUCGUGCCGGAAACGGCGACGAACUGGUCAAUGUGCAGCGUCUGCAAGAGCUACAGGAAGUACAUGAAGGGCCUCUUCGAAAACAUGGCCACGCAAGACGAAACGUACAUGAACGAGGUGCCGGAGCUGGAAGACGUGUACUCGAGCGACUCGGUGCUCAGCGCGAUAGAGUCGGCCCCGUACGCGGGAGUCAUGUCGGUGGCGAGGAAGGCGGUGCUGAUGACGGAAAACACACUCAACUACCUGAUCACGGUCAUCUCGACGCUGGCGCCGCAGAUCUCGAACACGAACCUGAAGAGGCUGGUCUACGAGUUCAUGAAGUACCACGACGCGACGCGGGUCUUCAGAGCGACCUACAACUCGAUGAUCGACUCGCCGUUCUCGCCGGUAGAGUUCACGAGCUGGAAGAACGCAAUCACGGCCUUCACAUGCCACAGAAAAAAACAAGGAUACUUCCAAGAUUACGAAAAUAGGUCAAGUUCGUCGGAGUCGACACAGAGCGGGUCGGACAAGGUGAGGGGAACGAGCUCGUUCUUCGAAGAAGAUGAGUCGAGCAGAAGACUGAAGUACGUCAAGGCGUCGCACUACACGAUGAUAAAGAAGUUCGCAAACGCGACCUCAGGAACGGCAAGGUUCUACUGGAUAUACAGAGAUCUGCUAGCAUAUAAAAUAUUCUUCAAGAACCUGGGAAUAAAGAAUAAGCUGAGAAGGUCCUCACCAUACUACCACUACAACAAAAGGUCGCUGCAGCUGCUGUCAAACAGGCUGCAGAAGCUGCUCUUUCACAUCAUCAACGCGGACAUCUACAACGACGCCUCCUCAGUGAAGCUGAAGAACAGGUACCCCUACUUCAGAAGACACCUGGCGCACCUGAUCAUCAACGGAGACAUAGAGCACUUCAGAGAGUCGGAGAGAGACCGGGACCCAGAUUGGUUCCUGAGAUACACAAAGGUGGACCUGGGAACGACAUCGCCCUCGUGCAUACUGGGAAGGAUAUCCGUCGAAGGAGAGACGAUACUGAACGUGCUGGCAGAUUUUAUAGCCUUCAUAGAUACGCUGACGAGAGCGCUGAGGCACGCGCCGAACAACGAGUUCGUAGAAAACAUGCACUGCUUCCCGAGGAAAAAGGCGCACGGAAACGAUAGCAUGAAGAAGCUGUACAGAACACUCUCAGCAAAAAACGUGUCGCUGCUGGACGCGAGAGUGAUAAGCAAGGGACAGAAGGACCUGGAGUUAGAGUCGGUGUACGACGCACUGAAGCUGCUGAGAGCGAGAAUGGCGCCGAGCUUCAAGAGAGAGGAGAUGGAAACGUACACGUCCAAAGCGCUGGGCGCGUCGAUUCUGGUGGACGUGGUCUCAGCAAGAGCAAUAGCAGGAGACGUGGCAAUCAGAGAGAGGAUCAUGGAGGACAACAUAACCUCGGAGUUCUCGACGCAAAGAGAAAACGUUAUCAGGCCUGAGCAGUCGGCGCACAUAAAGGUUAGAGGAAAGGAGUGCAAUGAGUCGGCAGACAACCCCGAAGCAGACGCGAGCAACAGCUUCAACGCAUGCUGCAUAUGCAGAGUGAAGAGGAACACAGUGCUGAGGGGGUCGCUGCUCCCGUGGAGAAACGGCUACGUGCACUCGGAGUGCGUGCUCUGGUCGGUGAGCGACGUGUACCUGCCGAGGACGUUCAACUUCAACUAUGACAACUACUACACGCUCUUCGAGCCAGUGAGCGAGGGGGCAGCAGAAGGAACGGCCCAGGGAAAGGAAACCCACAGCCAAGCCUCUGAGAAAGCAAAGAGCAAAGACGCGCCAGGGAAACCGGAAAACGAAGCUGCUAAGAACAAUUCGGCACUCGGACAGAUGAAGAUUAAUGAGCAGAGAGCGCCAGAGAGUGCGACUCAGGUGAAUCAACGGCGAGAACAGCCAGUUACGCAUAUCCGGGACACGGCAGACCAGCGAGAACAAGAAAUAAGCGACGAAAAUUUACAGGAAUCGGUAGACGAGAAUCGGGGCGGACCAUACGCUCCAAUGGUUACCAGCCAUCGUGAAGCAGUGCAACCUCGUGAAGCAGAUCAAACUCAUGAAGCGGGUGUCCCAUGUGAACCUGAAAGGACGCGUGUAAUUUAUGACUAUCAACCGUUAUACCAGCAAGCCGACGACCAAAACAAGCCACAACAACCAUAUGGCCCAUACGAACUAGAUCACCACGAGUUACACAAACCAGACCACCAAGAAGAAGACGCACAAAAACGAGACCAGGAACAUGAAGUAGAUCAGCGAGUAGUACUAAAACAACAAUAUGAACAUUACGAGUCAGAGCAAAAACAAAGUCAUCAUCACGAAUCAGAUCAAAAACAAAGUCAUCAUCACGAAUCAGAUCAAAAACAAAGUCAUCAUCACGAAUCAGAUCAAAAACAAAGUCAUCAUCACGAAUCCGAGGUAAUGGCCUUUGAUCAUCAGUUGGGUCGGCAGCAGCACGAACAGGAGGAACAAAAUGAACAAGAAACGUCGUAUAGUCAACAAGGUCUUGUUACUAUUCGCACAAUGGACCUUGACGAUGCAACAAGGGAGUUCCAAAAACAAUAUAAAGUUAAUGAACAAUAUGAACAGACCUACGCAAUGAGUAAUAUUGGGCCUUGCGCAGUUAACACGGGGAAACUGAACUGUAGAGUCCUCGAAAGAUUCGUACGCGACGUAGAAUAUCAAAUAGUGGGAGACGAUGAAUCGUCACAGAGCAGUAGUAGCAGCACCAUGAUGAACUACGAAGAUGGCAUGGCAAUUGGACAUGAGGGACUGGCCAACAACGGAGAACCGCAAUGCAAUAAACUGGAUGGUAACAGAACACGCGCAUCGCAGGACAUGAAUGGGGAUGGCUUUAAAGUAAGGAUGCCGUCGACGGAUUCAGAUGAAGUGAGGAGCUACAGCACUGCAGAAAUGGACGCUGACGCAAGCCAAGAAGAGCCAGCACGGCACGGAACCCACGGAACCCACGGAACCCACGGAACCCUGUACGACAUGAUCGGAGAGGAAGAGUCGAAGAACGAUAAGUCAGGGUUUAAAGUAAGGCAAGUGGGAACCGAGAGCGUAAACCUGAACCUGUUGAGCAUGCCAGUGCUCCCGCCAGUGCAAGUGCCAGACGCAGUGGUGGAGAAAGUGUACAAGGCGUCGCUGACGACGACGUGUUCGUGGUGUAGCGCCUCGGGAGCGACAGUGACGUGCGCAAACGAUAACUGCAAAGUGUCCUUUCACCUGUGCUGCGCAUUCAUAGCGUCGAGUAGACUGGUGCACUCGCUCUACAAGAGAGAUAACCCGGACCACGAGUACCAAGAAAGAGUGCUGCCAGUGAAGAUGUACUACACGAGGAGGAAGAUAUGGUGCGCCUCCUGCUUCGACCUGAUCCUGCAGAACAUUAAGGCAUACCACGCGAAGACCCUGAGAGGUAGAAGCAGAAGCGAAGUGAUGACCUUCUUCUCGCUGGAAGGAAUGGCCUCGAGCGCAAUCAGAAUAGUGUGCAGACAGACGCUGCAGUCAGUGAGAAUAAUACCGAGAGUGGUGGACUACAAUAAGCUGGACCUGUACAUGUCGUACAACAGUAAGCUGUACACAAGGACGAGGGCAAUGUACAACAGAGCAAUGGCGAAUCACCCGCACAGCGGCGACGCGAAGGAGUUCCUGGACAAGGUGCUUAAGGUGGACGAGAAGAAGGAGCACGAGAACAAGAUCAACUCGGAAUACGACUUCCAAAACAAGUACUUUUUGUACGGAGCGGACAAGGAGGUGUCCUCGAUGUUCUCGUACAAGGUGCCGGGACUCAGGUUCCCGGAAAACAUCACGCACAGCGUCUACAGAGUGGGAGCGCUGACGCUGCUGAACCUGGGAGAGGCGCUGAUGCACGACAAGGCAGGAGUGCUCUACCCAGUAGGAUUCACGUCAGUGCGACGCUUCUGGAACUACAACUACUACUCGAGGCAGAGAAAGGCUAGGGAGAGGAGCAAGGCGCACCAAUCAGAGGCGGCAAACCAAAACGCGCAAUCGGAGAACACCAAGAGCACGCCGGAGAAGGAGAGCGCGAGUGGCGAGACGCAGGAAAGCCACGAGUUCAACAAAAGGAGGGACUUCGGGAACUCGGAGAGAAGCUUCUACAUGUGCAGCAUAAGGGCCCGGGAGGGUGGCCCCUACUUCACAAUAGACCUCGUGUCGCACCCGCGCACGCAAAUGCCGAACAGGAGGAUAAGCGAGGGGAGUGACCUGAAGGAGGUGUACGCAGCCUUCAAGAAGGCGGUGGGCGCGAGGGGGCUGAAGAUGCGCGCAGAGUCCUUCUUCGGGCUUAACCUGCACAUAGUGCUCCAGCAGAUGAGGGCGGACCUGAGCCUGACGAUGAUGCGCAGGUUCACGCAGUUCUCGAAGAUCUCGGCGUUCAAAAACUCGAUACUGGGAGCAAAGCAAAUUAAAUACGAUAUUAGUCUGAGGCUGGGGGAGCCGAAGACAAAUUAUCCGUUUAAAAUAAGUAAGCAGCUGAUGCUGGAGCACAUAACGACCUCAAUCGAGUACAUGGACAACGAGCAAUCAGUCAUGGACAUGACGGACGUGAGGCUCAACAGAAGCAGGUCGAGGAAGCAAAUCGACUCAGGAAACACGUCGACGCAGUACAGAUACCUCAUAGGAAUGCCGCCGGAGCAGAGGCUGGACGUGAGGCCGUCUCUGAUACACGGGCUGGGACUCUUCGCCUCAGUGCCAAUCAGAGCAGGAGACCCAGUGGUGGAGUACGUAGGAGAGCUCAUAAGAGACGUUAUCGGAGACCAGAGAGAGGAGAUAUACUCGGAGGGACAAGGAGGAGACGGAUCGUGCUACAUGUUCAGGCUGGACGACCAGCUGAUCGUGGACGCGACGAGGAAAGGAAACAUGUCGAGAUUCAUCAAUCACAGCUGCGACCCUAAUUGCCUGUGCCGUAUUAUAACGUGCGAAAACGGCCUGAAGCACAUAGUGGUGUUUGCUAAGUCGGAUCUAGGGCCGGGAGACGAAAUAACAUACGAUUACCAGGUAACGGAGCGAGAUGAUAAAUUGCUGUAG